AUAGACCCUCUUCUUCUAAGAUCUGCCAGUGGAAGACGCAAAAGCAAGGGAUUUCGCGAAAAACGAAGAAGAAGAAGAAAAAGAGAGCGAUGGUGAGAGUGGCGACGUACUUCGCGAUGACUCUAGGCGCAUUUAUAUUUUGGCAGUCGAUGGACAAAGUCCAUGUCUGGAUCGCCCUCCACCAAGAUGAAAAGCAAGAAAGAUUGGAAAGGGAAAUGGAGAUCAAGCGGGUGAGAGAAGAGUUACUAGCACAAGCCAAAGAAAAGGACUCUCUUGCAUAACCUUCUCUUACUGUGCAUGUAUGCUUGUGAACAUCUAAUUUGUCUUUCCCUUGAAAUGUCUUUAUUUUGAUGCCGAAAAAUUUCACAGACAGGUUGGAACUGAAUGCUCUAAUAAGAACCGGAAAUUUGUGUUCUUCUAGAAA